UUUUUCUUCUUCCAAAUUCUAUCCUUGUAAUUUUGUUACAAUCCAACCAUGGCUUCCUCUAGCCAUUCUAAGAGACCCUCUUCAUCUUCUUCUUCUUCCAAUUCUAAAUGGAGGUACGAUGUAUUCUUGAGUUUCAGAGGCGAGGAUACCCGCAACAACUUUACUAGUCAUCUCUACAAGGCUUUGGAUCAUGCCAACAUUGAAACCUUUAAAGAUGAUAAAGAACUUCCAAGGGGAGAAGAGAUUGCACCCGAGCUCCUAAAAGCUAUUGAAGGAUCAAGGAUUGCCCUUAUUGUCUUCUCGAAAACCUAUGCUCAUUCCAAGUGGUGCUUGGAUGAACUCGCCAAGAUCAUGGAGUGCCAGGAAGAAAAUGAACAAAAGGUUUUUCCAAUUUUCUAUCAUGUAGAGCCAUCUGAAGUCAGGAACCAGACUGGGAUUUAUGGAGAAGCAUUUAACAAUCACGAGAGCAAUGCAGACGAGGAGGAGGAGAAGAAGAAGAAGAUAGAGAAGUGGAGGACUGCCUUAAGGAAAGCUGGUAAUUUGAGUGGAUUUCCUCUGCAGGAUAGGUAACCCCUACUUCACUUUUUCCAUUUCCAAUUUUCUGUCAGUUUAUUUUCAUUCUUGUUAAUAAAUAAAAUAUUUAUGAUUA